UCCUCCUUCUUUAAAGAAAGACAUGGAGAUUAAGUAUUCCAGCCAUGAACACCCGUCGGUGCUUGCAAAAGAGACGGAUGAUGAAAGCUCAAAAGAUUAUUGCUUUGGAUGUAAGGAAGCAGUAGAAGGUUCCAGCUAUAGUUGUGGCCAGUGCAUCUUUUUUCUUCGUAGGAAAUGUGCCCAGCUACCAGGUCAGAUCUGUCGUCCCUCUCACCCGCAACACACUCUUGUCAUUCUUAAACAUAGUGAAAAGUGGAGGAUUUUUUGCAAUUUCAAUCUUGACAUUAGAUGUGCUAUCCAUUCAUAAUUUGUCAUCGGAGAUUCUCUAAAGCUUCAUCAUUCUAGCCAAGAUGAUCCGGUUAACUUGUUGAACAUAUUGAUCUUGGAAGAAAAAUUGAAGUUUGCUCAAUUAAAUAUAGAAGACCCAUGUCAAGUCCUUUCUACUGGUGUCAUGAUUGAACAUUUUACCUUCACAAGAAAUGUGCAGAAUUGCCCCUUGAGAUCAAACACCCUAGUCACCGAAAACACCCUCUUAUUCUUUUGGUCAAACCCCCACCACAUCGACAAAAUGUUCUUGCCAUUUGUGCAACAUGUCUAUAAUUUGUCUAUUAAUAUUAUAGCUGAAACUCAUGAACAUCCGUUGACCCCUUUUCAGCCACAAUUCAUUCAUUUGCAAUGCAUGUGGAAGUGAUGGAAAUCGGUUUAGCUUUCCUUACAUAUGUUCUAAAUGCAAUUCUACGUUUAGAUUAUUCCUGCUUUGUGCUAACAAACAUGAUGAUCUGAGCCAAUGUUUGUGUGACAUUUGAAGAACAAAGAGAUCUGAAUCAAUGGUUUUAUUAUUGUGUGCCAGUUGCGAUGUUUCUAUUCAUCUUGAUUGUGCGCUUAGGCAAUGCCCAGGCUGGGGAAACCAUUCAAGUAUGCUGUUCAUGAACACCCUGUCACAUUUGUGAAGGCAGAUUUUAACCCUCGCCUAAAUGCAACAAGUGUGAUAAACCUUGUAGAGAUGAUCUAUCCCUUCAAUACUCAAGAUCAGAGUGCCACUACAUAUUCCAGUAGAUGUGUCUAGACGAAAUGUAUCUUCGACAUCAGGACUAAAGAGAUGAAGCUCAUUUUGUUGAGAAAUGGCCUACACAAUGCCUUUCCCAAUCCCAGUGCUUCGAAGUAACCAUUUGGCUAGAGGAACUGAGGAAGUGUCACCAAGUGAAACAAGGAGUUAGAGCAUCAAGCAAAACAUGAGCUAUCCACUGUCAUUCCCCUUGACUCUUUAGGAAGGAUAUAUUUUUGUCGACCCUGAUCAUUUCUUGUGCUGCAUUUGUCCUUGUGCUGCAUUUGUUCGACAAUCCAUUCCUGCAAAUCGUACGUUGAUUCCCUUCAAUCAGUACUUUUUCCAUAUGGUUGAUGAUGGGACAAUGUGACCAUUUAA